GUGAGAAAUGUUAGAUACAAGAAAAAUGAAGCAGCUUUGAUCAAUGUCUCUCUUGAGUUUGGCAAAAUUCAAUUUUAAACGAGUGUUUUUCAUUUUUUAAAAAAUUUCUUCCGAAAAUGUUUUUGCUAUUAAUAAUUGUGACAAUAAUCUUAGGAGUUUUUCAUUAUUACACUCACUACAGCAGAUUUGGAAGGCUUUUGAACAAAUUACCUGGACCGAAGAUAAUUCCUUUAUUAGGAAACAUUAGCAUGUUUGUGGUCCCACCAAAAACAGCCAUGGACACUUGCUUAAAUGAUGCAGGCACAAUUGAAGAAGAAUACAUGACAGCUGUUCGAAAAGUUGGCGAUUCUGUCGUUCAUAGGGUGUGUCGACCAUGGUUACAUGCAAAUUGGGUCUUCAAAUUAUUUCCGAGUGGAAUGUCACAAACGAAAUAUCUGUCAACACUCCACAACUUUUCAGCUAACAUCAUCAAAGAAAGAAAAAAGUAUCACGAAGAAACUGGUGGGCGACUUCUGAAGCCUAUAAUUUCAGAGAGAAACGAAUCGUCGUCAGAUGAAAAAGGUCAAAGAAAAAGAAUGGCGAUGCUUGAUCAUCUAAUAGCUGCUCAACAAAAUGGGGAAAAAAUUGAUGACACUGGAAUUCGAGAAGAAGUUGACACAUUUAUUUUUGAGGGUCACGAUACAACCUCGAUGGCCAUAUGUUUCACAUUAUUAAUGCUUGCUGAAAAUGAAGAUGUUCAGGAGCGAGCGAGAAAAGAAGUUGACAUGGUUCUGGAUGAAAAUGAUGGAAAAAUUGGGUCAGUGGAGCUUCAACGUCUUAAUUAUCUUGAGCAAUGCAUCAGAGAAACUUUGCGAUUAUAUCCCAGUGUUCCUCUCAUAUCACGAGUUCUCCAUGAAGAUUUACAGCUCAAAAAUUACUUAAUUCCGGGCGGAACAAAUAUACACUUGCAUAUAUUUGAUCUUCAUAGAGAUCCAAAUUUUUGGCCAAAUCCAGAAAAAUUUGAUCCUGAUAGAUUUUUGACUGAAAGAAUUCAAGGUCGACAUCCCUUCUCUUACAUACCUUUCAGUGGAGGACCACGCAAUUGCAUAGGUCAGAAAUUUGCUAUGUUGGAACUGAAAGCACUGAUGGCCCAUUUGCUACACAAUUUCAAUUUUCAAGCUAUUGACCACUCUCAAGAAAUUACUUUUAUUACUGAUAUCGUCAUCAGACCUGCUCUACCAAUUCGUUUAAAAUUUAUAUCUCGAUUAAAAUAAUUACAUGUUAUCAUAAGAGGUGAUUCUACAUAAUUUCUUGUA